AUGGACUGGUCAUAUAAUGAGAAGAGCAGACGACAGAUGGACCCUAAAAACCCUGAAAUGGUUCCUCGCGAAGCAAAACUUCCUCGAGGGAGGCCAUCGACCAAAUGGUCUGACGUGUUCGUUACGCGAAUGGACGAGCUGAAUUGUCAGCUGGUAACGAGUAAUGGAUCUGGACCUUGCGAACGUCGCAGCCGCAGUUCGAUACCAACGUCGUGGAUGAAGCUAGCGAGAGAAAGAAACGGUUGGAAACAGUGCAGUGGCCUGCACGACAAAUGA